CUCUCCCCUCUUCGCCAUCUUCACUUCCCCAUCUGAAUUCCAGAGCGGCUCAAAGCAAACAGACAUACCUCCCUACAGUUUUCCUUUGCACGAUAAUUGACGACAAUGGCUUCAACUGCCCAGCCAGCUUCGUCACUCAAGAGAAGGGAUGCGCCGGUCACAAGAGAAGGGGAUCAGCUCACCAUUAUUCCACUAGGCGCCGGAAGCGAAGUCGGCCGAUCCUGCUGCUACAUGACAUUCAAAGGGAAGACUGUUCUGUUUGAUUGUGGGAUUCAUCCGGCCUACUCGGGAAUGUCUGCUUUGCCCUACUUCGAUGAGAUUGAUCCCUCCACCAUUGACGUGCUUCUAAUCACUCAUUUUCACUUGGAUCAUGCUGCAUCCUUGCCUUAUUUUCUGGAGAAGACUACCUUCAGAGGCAAAGUUUACAUGACUCAUCCCACAAAGGCCAUCUACAAAUUGCUUCUGACUGAUUACGUGAAAGUGAGCAAAGUUUCGGUUGAAGACAUGUUGUUUGACGAACAAGACAUCAACAACUCCAUGGAUAGGAUUGAGGUGGGUUGUUUACUGUCUUUCGAUUCGUAGGUCAUUGACUACCAUCAAACAAAAGAAGUGAAUGGAAUCAAGUUCUGGUGCUACACCGCUGGCCAUGUUCUUGGUGCUGCCAUGUUCAUGGUUGACAUUGCUGGUGUUCGUGUGCUCUAUACUGGCGAUUACUCACGUGAGGAGGAUAGGCAUCUUCAAGCUGCUGAAAUGCCAGAAUUCUCUCCUGAUAUAUGCAUUAUCGAGUCUACCUAUGGGGUCCAGCUUCAUCAGCCUCGGCAUGUUAGAGAGAAACGCUUCACCGAUGUCAUCCACACCACCGUCUCUCAAGGUGGUCGGGUUCUUAUCCCUGCAUUUGCGCUUGGUCGUGCUCAGGAACUUCUAUUGAUUCUUGAUGAGUACUGGAGCACCCACAAGGAGCUCCAGAACAUCCCGAUAUACUAUGCUUCCCCUCUGGCCAGAAAGUGCAUGAGUGUUUAUCAGACGUACAUUCUUGCCAUGAACGAGAGGAUUCGGAAUCAGUUUGCACACUCGAACCCCUUCCAGUUCAAGUUCAUACAAAACUUAAACAGCAUUGAUGAUUUCACUGAUAGUGGGCCGUGUGUAGUUAUGGCCAGCCCUGGGGGGCUGCAGAGUGGACUGUCCAGGCAGUUGUUCGAUAUGUGGUGUUCUGAUAAGAAGAAUUCAUGUGUCAUACCGGGAUAUGUUGUUGAAGGAACACUUGCAAAGACCAUCAUCAAUGAACCGAAGGAAGUCACCCUCAUGAAUGGAUUAAUGGCCCCACUCAACAUGUCAGUUCACUACAUCUCAUUCUCAGCCCAUGCUGACUAUGCCCAGACAAGUACUUUCCUGAAAGAGCUCAGACCUCCCAACAUAGUUCUGGUCCAUGGAGAAGCCAAUGAGAUGGGAAGGCUGAAACAGAAGCUGAUCACAGAGUUUGCUGCUGAUGGCAAUACCAAAGUCUUAACCCCCAAAAACUGCCAGUCGGUCGAGAUGAUGUUCAACUCCGAGAAGAUGGCGAAAACCAUAGGAAAGCUGGCUGAGAAGACACCCGAAGUCGGUGAAACUGUCAGCGGAAUACUCGUGAAGAAGGGCUUCACAUAUCAAAUCAUGGCACCCGAAGAUCUUCAUGUGUUCUCACAGCUCUCAACGGCAAACAUUACUCAGAGGAUCACCAUUCCAUUCAGUGGCGCAUUUGGCGUGAUAAAGCACCGGCUCGAGCAGAUAUACGAGAGCGUCGAAUCUGGCACUGAUGAGGAGUCUGCUGUACCCACGUUGCUGGUGCACAAGCUUGUCACUGUUAAGCAGGACUCCGAGAAGCACAUCUCCAUGCACUGGGCUGCUGAUCCUGUCAGCGACAUGGUGUCCGACUCGGUGGUGGCCUUGGUCCUGAACAUCUCCAGGGAGCUCCCCAAGGUGGUGAUUGAGUCGGAGGCAAGCAAGACGGAGGAAGAGAACGAGAAGAGAGCCGAAAAGGUGAUCUACGCUCUGCUGGUGUCGUUGUUCGGGGAUGUGAAGCGAGACGAGAAUGGGAAGCUGGUGAUAAGUGUCGACGGGAACGUGGCAAAGCUUGAUAAGCAGAGUGGGGAUGUCGAGAGUGAGCAUGAAGGGCUGAAAGAAAAAGUGAGGACUGCGUUCAGGAGAAUCCAGACUGCUGUUAAUCCAAUCCCUCUCCCUGGUUCUUAACUGAUUUCAUAGCAUAGCAAGUAUCCAUCUGCAUUCUCUGUCUUUCCAAUUGUGUACCGAGUCCUGAUCUUUGUAUAUCUUUAGAGCAGGAUGAGGUUUUUGGGUAAUAGAAGAAGCAUUUUUCUUUCGUUUAAUCAGUUGCAGUUUGCUUUUCCUUAAUCUAGGAUUUGGUCAGCUUAAAGUUUGUUGUUUAGUUGCUGUUUCUUCAUUCACGUACGCUCUUAAUCCGAUAAAAUCGUAACUCGUAAGACGCAUUUUACCAAAAAUAAAGAACAUGCAAAGGUAACUAACUAACUAACUAACUAACUAACUAACUAACUACCGGCAGGGGAGAGAAAAGGAAGCUAAUAUAUGGUUUUGCUUGUAUCCACUGUCACUCUGUCAGUACCUUUUCGUGUUGUAUCUGACUUUUGGUGAACUUUGUUGAACGAACGAAUCACAGAAUCAUAAGAAGGCAGCGUUUAUGGCAGAAGAGCAAGAAGGAGAAGACGGAGACGAACAAGAAGAAGAAGACACAACCAACGCCACCUCGCCGGCCGCUGUCGUCCUUUUCCUCCACCGCUGGGGAAAUGUAAAUUGUCUUCCUCAAAUAAUCUGGAGCCGGCGUCAGUCGAAGAAGAAGGCUGGGCCUUCGCUACUAUGCAUCCUCUGCCGCCACCUCCUCCGCUGAGAGCUACUUCAUCGCCGGAGGCCGGCGAGAAUGGUGGUGCGGUGUCGGUGGUGAAGGGGAAGAAGAAGGCCGGAGGUGCCAGGCUGUGGAUGAGGUUCGAUCGCUUUGGGAAUUCGGAGUUGGUGGAGUGUGAUAAAAACGCCAUUAUCAAGCGUGUGGCGCUUCCUGCUAUGGGAUUUGAGGAUCCUCGGGCCCGUCUUCUCUCACUCCUCCAGUAUUCUUGGGAGAAGGCAAUGGUUGUCAAUUUGGAGUUCAUAGGGGCUUUAGCCACUGCAGAGGAUUUUGGAUCCCCUGAAACAAGAGGUGAUGGACACACGCCCCCUGUUACUGAAGCUGCUGAUGGUGAACAGCCUGAGCUUCCAUUCGAGUUUCAGGUUCUUGAGAUUGCAUUAGAGGUGAUGUGUUCAUAUCUGGACUCUAGCGUGGCGGGACUUGGAGCGAGAUGCAUAUCCUAUCUUGGAUGA